AUGAGUGGAGUGCACGAUUGCUGCAUUGCGGGUGGUGUGGAGGUCAUGUCUUUGGUGCCUAUUGGUGCCAACAUCAUUGAUGGCAUGAAGGCUGGCCACGGGUUUCCCAUGACCGAAACCAUGAACCAGAAGUAUGAGCAGAAACUGAAGGCCUUUGAGCAGUUCGGCAUCUCCACCUCAGCCUUCUCCCAGUUUGGUGGCGCAGAGCUGUUGGCGCAGAAGUACCAGCUGACCCGUCAGGACGUGGACCGCUUCGCGGUGAGCUCGCAGCUGAGGGCAGCAGCCUCCACAAAGGCAGGCAAGUUUCAGGAUGAGAUUGUACCACUGCCCGUGAAGAGAAAGGAAGGCGAGUCAGAGGGCGUCCAUUUGGAGGAUGAAGGGAUUCGUGGGAACGUAACUGCUGAGAGCGUCGGCAAGUUGAAGGCAAUGUUCCCCAAUGGCAUUAUGACGCCUGCAAGCUCAUCGCAAAUCUGCGAUGGGGCCUCGGCCGUGCUGAUUUGCAACGAACGCGGCCUGGAGAAGUUGGGCCUGAAGCCCAUGGCCAGGAUUCAUUCGUUGGCCUUAGCCGCGGCUGAUCCUGUGGUGAUGCUGGAAGGGCCCAUCCCUGCAUCCAAGAAAGCCUUGGAGAAGGUGAAGAUGAAGAUCGACGACAUUGAUCUUUAUGAGGUGAAUGAAGCUUUUGCCUCAGUGCCCCUGGCUUGGUGCAAGGCCUUGGGCGCAGAUUUUGAGAAGCUGAAUGUCAACGGUGGUGCAAUGGCGCUGGGCCAUCCACUGGGAGGGACCGGCACGAAGCUGAUGACCACCUUGCUCCAUGAGCUCAAGCGCCGCAAGAAGCGCUUUGGGCUGCUGGCGAUUUGCGAAGGGGGCGGCACUGCGAAUGCCACUAUCGUGGAGAUGAUGCCCAGUGCCAAGCUGUGA